AUGGCGGCUUCGAAAAACUUGGCAAAGCUGAGGUCUUUUCUGGGAAUGGUGAACUAUUUGGGGAAAUGCCUACCGAACAUCCACAGAUGGCAGAGGAAACCAAGCCACUCCGAGAUGUUCUACAUGGGAAUGCGAGGCUAUCGGAUCUCAGACUUCGUGCACUUGGAAAGCACGGACCUCCUGAUCAUCGUGCUCGUGUUGGCCGUCAUCGGACUCCUCUUCUGCGCUUUCGUCGUGCUGUUAGGGCUCAUCACCGUUGCCAACCGGUUCUUCGCCAGCUACGGCCAGCUCACUCGCCCUGCGGCGUGUAAUUGCGGCGACAACCUGCCCCACCGUCGUGACGACGGAAACGCCAUUGAUGUCAGCGUCCAUCCGACGGACACAACUGUUGCUGCCGGGGGACCAGCUUUGGUAGCCCCGCAUUAUAACGUUUCCCUCAUGCACCUGACUGAGACGCGUCGCCCUCCAGCACCGAGCUGUCCACCACCCCAAGGCUCCGUGAACUACCACUACCCAUCCCUGCAACACAUCAACCAGACAAGUCCAUCCGUCGUGGUGGAACCGGCUUGCUUCGCCAGGAACUGAGCCUGCUUCCGCAGUACUUCGGUUCCUUCUUACCUUAACCGUCAA